AUGAAGGAGUUACUAGCAACUAGAGUGAAUCUGUCUUUGAGGAAAAUAACAGAUAGUUCAUCUUGCCCAAUAUGCAAAAAUGAUGAUGAAUCAGUGAUGCAUGCAAUAUGGUACUGUCCAGCAGCAGCAGAUGUUUGGUCCGAAUCAAACAUUGUCAUACAGAAGUGGAGCUCGUAUGAAAUUGAUUUAUUAAAAUUAUGGGACAGUUUGGUGGAGAAGGUAAGCAAAGAUGUGUUAGAGGAGACUGUUAUGGUUAUGAGAAACAUUUGGUUAAGAAGAAAUGAGUUCAUCUUUGAGGGAGUUUUCAAAAGUCCAAGCCAAGUCAUUAAAGCAACCAGAGAUGAAUUGAGAGUUUUCCAACUGGUUCAACAUAAUGCAAAACAGACUCCAAUUCCAAGAGUAGAAAGAGGGGCUGUGUUGUGGAGCAGACCAAGAGAGUCCUUUGUUAAAGCAAAUUGGGAUGCAGCAAUGUCAAAAAAAGAUAGAAAGGUGGGGCUCGGGGUGGUUAUUAGAGAUGAGGAAGGAGAGAUUUUGGUUGCUGCAAGAGAACAGAUAAAUUACUUGACAGAUUCUGCAACAGCUGAAUGUCUUGCAUUAUGGAAAGCUAUGGAAGUGUGUAGAGAGCUCAACUUCAACAGAGUUUUAUUCGAGGGUGAUGCUCAAGUUAUAGUGAAUGCUGUUAACAAAGGGGAUGAAGACUACUCCUCUUAUGGGAGUGUAAUUGAAGAUGCCAAGAAGCUGUUAAAAGCUAUAGAGAACUGGAGUGUUAAUUUUGUUUAUAGGGAAACAAAUAUGGCAGCUCAUGUGCUAGCUCAAGAAGCUUUAUUUUUACAUACAGAUAUAGUUUGGAUUGAAGAGACUCCUAAUUGUAUUAGGAGUAUUAUUUGUAAGGAAAAAUCAUGUAAUGAGUUUAUAGUUCAAUGA